UUUGUGUUUUUCCUGCCUGGGGAUGCUCUGACGACUGAAACGAUCAGUUUUUGGGUUGUGGCUCAAUGAAAAUGGAAACACACCUUUCCAUUGAGGUCAUCUGUGCAGUAUAUAAAGUGUAGCGCAGCUCUGGGCUUUUAGAAUCAGAAUUCAGGAGAACUAGCCUACAGGAUCCACCUGAACAUCACGAUGAAGCUGAUCUUUUCUCUCACUCUUAUCUGGGCGCUCUACAGCACAGCUGGAGCCCUAAAGUGUAUCACCUGCACAGAUCAGUCUUGUUCUACCACAGUAUCACAAACAUGUAGCUCAGAGACAAUGUGCAUAACGGCUACCAUCCAAGCAACUCAAGCUGGAACUUCAGGAACACAAGUUUUCAAAGCCUGUGCAUCAUCCUCAUUGUGUCCGGCCACAGGCAGUGCGAGAUUUUCAGUCAACUUGGGUUCCCAAGGCGCAUUUGCUUCUGCUGAGUGCUGCAACACUGAUGACUGCAACUCACAAACUCUGCCUUCUCCUCCUGCUCAGACACCUAACUCCCUUCAGUGCAUUGUUUGUGAUCCCACCACUUCACUGUGCGCCACCCCACUAACAUGUUCAGGAGAAGAGACCAACUGCAUCACAGCAACUUUGAGUGAUGGCACAAACACAAUCCCAGCCCUGGGCUGUGCAACCCCAAACACAUGUGCAGCUGCUUCAAAUUUGGGUAGUUUACCUUUCAUGGAAAAUGUUGGCUCAGUCAGCAGCGGACCUACCUGCUGUUCAACAAGUUUGUGCAAUGAUCCAACAGCAACAACUACACCGACCCCCACAACUACACAGACCCCCACAACUACACAGACCCCCACAACUACACAGACCCCAACCACUACACCGACCCCAACAACUACCCCGACCCCCACAACUUCACCGACCCCAACAACUACCCCGACCCCCACAACUACACCGACCCCAACAACUACCCCGACCCCCACAACUACACCGACCCCAACAACUACACCGACCCCAACAACUACACCGACCCCAACAACUACACCGACACCCACAACUACACCGACCCCAACAACUACCCCGACACCCACAACUACCCCGACACCCACAACUACCCCGACCCCCACAACUACCCCGACCCCCACAACUACCCCGACCCCAACCACUACCCCGACCCCCACAACUACCCCGACCCCCACAACUACCCCGACCCCCACAACUACCCCGACCCCCACAACUACACAGACCCCCACAACUACCCCGACCCCCACAACUACACCGACACCAACAACUACCCCGACCCCCACAACUACACCGACACCCACAACUACCCCGACCCCCACAACUACCCCGACCCCCACAACUACCCCGACCCCCACAACUACCCCGACCCCCACAACUACACCGACCCCCACAACUACACCGACACCCACAACUACACCGACCCCAACAACUCACAACUACACCGACCCCUACAACCAGUGA